AUGGAGCACCUAAUACGCCUGUACCAGGGAGAGCUGAAUACACAGCCAGCCAUAACACAAGUUCUGACCAUCGCUACCAUGCUACUAGCCGGUGACAUCAUCUCCCAGACCUUUUUCCAGCAGAAGACAACCUUCGACGCGAGGCAGGCUGUCAACUUCUUUAUCAUCGGAUUGUUCUACAGCGGCCCUCUCGGUGUGGCUUGGUUCGGUCUUGUGGAACGACUCGUCGUCAAGGAUGGGGUGGCGGCCGUUGUCAUCAAGGUCCUCGCCGGCCAGCUCAUGUUCUCUCCGCUGUUUACGCUAGGCCUACUGGUCUUCUACGGCCUUCUCAAGGGAGAGUGCUGGAUGGACAUCAUGAAGAGCAUAAGGACCAAAUACGUUGCUCUGAUGAUAUCGAGGUACAUGGUGUAUCCUGUGGCGCAGUUCGUCAACUUCGAGUUCGUGCCCGUCGUCUAUCGUCCUAUGUUCGGGGUUGUCCUCGGGUUCUUCUGGAACAUAUACCUCUCCCGGAAAACCAACCAGGUUGAGGACGAACCCCCAAUCGGUCAGGUUCAGAAAGACUCGUUUGAAUCAGACUAA